AUGCCGCAGAUCUCUAAAAACUUGCAGUUCCCAGUACAGUAUUGCAGGUUGUUAAAACCUUUCUAUACUCUCUCUAUGGGUCAGUUCAUGGGGAAGUGGCAUGAUAUUGCAGUAGCGUCCACCUGCCCCUGGAUGCAGCGCCACAAGGGAGAUGCAGCCAUUGGCACCCUGGAGCUGCAGGCCAGUGGCACUGAAGGCAAAGUCAGCAUGACAAGGAGCAAGAAAAAGUGAGGUUACACACACACACACACACACACAUUGAUAUUCGUGUCUCUGAACUGUACCUAAUAAUGCAACUGGAUUCACCAUAGCUUAAAGACCCAAUGCAAUCAAACUUAUGUUUGAAACUAACACUGUAAAAGUGUGAUUUAAAAAAUAUCUGUGUUAUUUCAUAGUUGUUGGUUGAAAAUGCAAUUUACACAGGACUUUCUAAUCAGCAGGUUUUGCAUGGGUGGAGUUUUGGCUUGCCUGGUGACAUCACCAGGAGGUAUAAGUUAUUAGACCAAUAACAAAGAGAGUUCCAAACCUCUGCCAAUAACAGCUAGUUUUCAGGUUACAUAUCCCUCCAAUUAGGCCCCUCACUAAGACCACUCCCAGACAGUCCUAGCUAAUUCUUGCUUGAGGAAUAGUUUUUUACUAAAAAGCUAUUUUUGUUUGUUUUUUUACCAUUUUAAUUGAAAACAAUAACAGUAAGGUACUUAAUUGUUAACCAGAUACUGAGAUAAAAACGGCUGCAUUGGGCCUUUAAUUAAAUAUAUUCUGUGGUGUGUGUGUGUGUGUGUGUGUGUGUGUGUGUGUGUGUGUGUGUGUGUGUGUGUGUGUGUGUGUGUGUGUGUGUGUGUGUGUGUGUGUGUGUGUGUGUGUGUGCAGGCACGGGACAUGUAAGCAGAUCUCUGGUGAUUACGAGCUGACCGACACACCUGGAAGAUUCACUUACCACGUCGCCAGUAAGUCUGUUUGUCACAACCAUGUCUGAAAAUGUUACUUGCUUUCCCCGUCCUUGUUUUCUUAAGUCCUCUCAAAGCUAAUUGGAGAAGAAUGUCCAAGGGAGAGACCUUGGAACCUCUCCUCCAAUGCGCUUUGAGAGGACUUAAGGAAACAAGGACGGCUAGUAAUGGAGGAAGCAAGGAUGUGACAGCUAGUAAUGUUUCCAGACACAGCCUGUGUAUUUUUGUAAUCGAUGAGAGGUCAACGGUGAGAGGUAAUUGACAUUGUGGACUAUGUGUAUGUUCGUGCUCUCCUACUCUCCUACCAUAUAAAUCUAUGUUUCCUUUAUGCAGAGUGGGGGGCUGAUGUUGACGCCUAUGUGGUUCACACUGACUAUGAUAAGUACGCCAUCGUUAUGAUGAGUAAACAGAAAACAGGAGGCGAGAAGACCAAGUCCGCCAAGCUAUACAGUGAGUGUCGCUCCAAUUUCAUUUAUUUCACUCUACACCACUGAGACAAUAGCCUGGUACCAGAUCUGUUUGUGCUGUCUUGCCAACCUCUUUGGUUGUAAUUAUGAUUGUCAUGACAACGACCAUAGGAUUUGGCUAUACAGUCAAUCAAUCAGCCAAUCGAUUUGGCUAUAGAACAGCACAAACACAAAUAUGAUAAUGACUAUAGGAGUUGGCAGGACCACAAACAGAUCUGAGACCAGGCCACUCAGACACAGCUAUAGUGUUGUUAUAUUCAGCAGCAAAAGAUCUGAUCUGAGACCAGGCCACUCAGACACAGCUGUAGUGUUAUUAUAUUCAGCAGUAGAAGUAAAUUAAAAUGCUGCCUCCUUCAGGUCGCACCAUGGAACUGCCGCCCACUAUCCUAGAUGACUUCAGGAGGCUGGUGAGGGAGCAGGGCAUGGCUGACGACACAAUCAUCAUCAAACAGAACAAAGGUAGAGGCGCACACACACACAGGGGCAGACUGGGACCAGAAAUCGGCCUUGGCAUUUCUAACACACCGGCCCAUUUCUUUCCUUCAGGCCCCCACACCGGCCCAUUUUUUUCCUCGAGGACCCGACUCCGGCCCAUUUUUUCCUUGAGGCCCCCAUUAUUAACCAAUAAUUACACAUUUUCACCAAAAACCCAAGUUAAACAGGCCCACUGGGCUAAAUAUGGACCAGCCCAUCUGGCAUAUGCCCCUGCACACACACAUGCACAAAUACUCACAGACACCAGGCAGCAAGCACUCAGCCACAUGCGCACGAACGCACGCACAGACACACACACACACACACACACACACACCUGUGACAUCCACUAUGUGUCUGGACAUUGUUUGACCUUUGAACUCCUGUCUCUGUCCACAGGGGAGUGUGUACCAGGAACGGAGCCUGUAGCAGCAGAGCCUCAGCCUGAGAUUACAGCACCGGUACUUCCUGUAUUCAAUUAUUCAAUGUUGAGUUUGUACCCCGUGUCAGAGUUUGGGAUUAUAUCGAAAAGCGGCUUUGGUUAAAGGCAUUACAGAAAGUAAAUCAAAUUCCAAUAUGUUCCUAAAUGAAAAACAUUGAAGAUAAUUGGAAUUGGAAUUUCAGUAUACUUCCUGAAUUAAUUGGAAUUAAAAUGGAAUUGACCCCAACCCUGCUGAGUACUCACCUGUCUGUCUGUCCUCAGAGAGCCAAGAGGAACAUAGUCUUCCCUGAACUGCCCUCUGAGGAGGGUUCUGGUGACGACACCAUGAUGUUCAGGAGUGAAGGUGAGAGUGCAUGGUGGGCUUGCUAGGCCUCUGACCUCUACGUUGAAGGUACGUUUUAGCAUCAGCUCUGUGUGGGUCUGGCUGGAAGCUGCUAGAACACAUUUCUGUUGUAGCUCCGGACAAACAUAACUAAUUAAACUCAUACAAGUUUAAUCAGCUUGUCCAGUGCUACAAUAAACAUGUGUACUGUUAGGGAUAGUGGAGGACUGGAGUUGAGUAACACUCAUGUAUAUUACAUGUAAUUACGGUGUACAGUGGAGUCCGAAAUUAUUCCCACCGUUGAUAACGAUGAGCAAAACUGACUGUAUAAAAUAAAUGACUCAAAUACUGAGCUAUAUUGUAUGCUCAAAUAAAUAGGGGAAAUUAUAUUAUUUUCUACUAAUACAAUUGCUCAGAAAAAAUUGAUUUUGUUUGACAUGGUAGGGGUCAAACUUAUUGACACCCCUGUUUUCAAUACCUUUUAAUAACUCACCUUGCGAGGAUAGCGGCACUGAGCCUUUUUCAAAAAUGUUUUAUGAGAUUGGAGAACACAUUGGGAGGGAUCUUAGACCAAUCUUCCAUUCCAGAUUCUUGAUAUCCUUCGUCUGUGCUUAUGGACUGCCCUCUUCGAUUCAAACCACAGGUUUCCAGUGGGUUUUAAGUCCGGACACUAAGAUGGCAAUUGCAAAAUUUUGAUUUUGUGGCCAAUUAACCCAAUGAGUCCCACCGUCGCACAAGCGUGAUUUAAGACUUCUAACCCCUUUUAAACAUUGUGUGUUGUACCAUUGGAUUAAUCAAAAAAAAAAAAUAUGCACGCAUGACUGUAAGUCGCUUUGGAUAAAAGCGUCUGCUAAAUGGCAUAUUAUAUUAUUAUUAUCUAUUUGCUCUAUGAUGCUCACAAGCUACACAAUAGUUGUUAGAAGGUAAGGGGUUCUUCUACAUAGAAGAUCAUAGGAAAUCCCAGGACAUAAAUGAAAGUCAGAUAAAUGAAAAGCAGAUUUGUGAUGGGGUCUCAGGACUGACAGGGUUAACCAUUUCUUUGUGGAUUUUGAUGUGUGCUUGGGGUUAUUGUCUUGCUGGAAGAUCCACUUGAGGCUGUUUUAGCCUCCUGGCAGAGGCAACCAGGUUUUGGGCAAAGUUUUUCGGGUACUGGGUAAAGUUCAUGAUGCCAUUGACCUUAACAAGGGUCCAAGGACCAGUGGAAGCAAAAUCGCCCCAUAACAUCAAAGAUCCACCACCAUAUUUUACAGUAGGUAUGGGGUUAUUUUCUGCUCAUGCAUUCUCAUUUCGAUGCCAAACCCACCACUGGUGUGCAUGGUCAAAGAGCUCUAUUUUCAUGUCAUCCAACAAAUGUAAACGCCUGGAGUUUGCCAAGCGGCAUUGGCACUUGGAUUGGAACCAGUGCUUGGUCAGAUGACAUGAAAAUAUAGUUAUUUGGUCCCACACACCAGGGUUGGGUGCCGUUAUCGUCGCAAGGUGAGGUAUUGAAAGGUAUUGAAAACAGGGGUGUCAAUAAUUUUGACCCCUACCUUUUUGAGAAAAUAAUUAUUACUUAUUAUUACAAUAUCUCUUUCUCUGAGCAGUUGUAUUAGUAUAAAAUAAUAUAAUUUAAAAUAAAGCUCAGUAUUUGAAUUAUUUAUUUUAUACAGUCAUUUUUGCUCAUCUUUAUCAAGGGUGUCAAUAAUUCCAGACCCCACUGUAUGUCUAUGGCUAAAACACACAAUGCACUGCUAUACAUCUCUCCUCAGAAUCCUGUAACGCCAAGCCGGACACAGGUCCCUGUUACGGGGCAGUGCAGAGGUACUUCUACAACUCCACCAGCAUGGCCUGUCAGCAGUUCACCUACGGAGGCUGCAUGGGAAACCAGAACAACUUUGUGACCGAGAGGGAUUGUCUCCAGAGCUGUCGCAAUGAGGGUGAGUGGAUAGAGUGUAACAGAGGUGUUUUUUCGGUUGGUGAACCACACUCGUGUGAUGGGUCAUCUUGUCUAAGACCUUGAGACUUGGCGUUAGCUCCCAGAGCUAAUGCCUUCACUUUAGUUCAAUGGGCUUAUACAGUCUUGUGGUGCGUAGGAGACGCAGGCUUGACUUCGAACCUAGUUGGUAAUGUGGCAACACUCAACCCACUUCAAGAACCAAUAUGAUGUUCAUGCCCAUAGACUACGUGUGAGACUUGAUUGUCCCUCAUGUGUUUCCUCAUGUCUGGUGUGCUGUGGCUCACUACAGCUGCCUGUAGACUGCCCGUGGAUGUUUGGCCCUGCACUGGACAGCCCAAGAUGUGGGUUUUCCACUCCAACUCUGGACUCUGUCUGGACUAUAAAAAGGACUAUUGCCAGGUCAACAGCAACAAGUUCUACUCCAAGAGGGAGUGUGAGGAAUACUGUGGGGUGAUGAAGGAUCCGGGUAAGAGACACACACAUCUUGUCUGUUAUAAACUGUGUGGUUUAAACCCUGAAUGCUAAUUGGCUGACAUCCGUGGUAUUUCAGACCGUAUACCACGGGUAUGACAAAAUAUUUAUUUUUACUGCUCUAAUUACGUUGGCAACCAAUUUUUUGUGACCAAAAAAAUGGCAUUAUUUAUCUGGUUUUAGUCUGCUUAUCUAAUGUGAAUGUACAUUUGUAUUACAGGAGAAGGGGAGCUCCUCAAAACAAACUAAAGGAGAUGAGAAGACAGAACACAGAAUGUACACCACAGACCAACCACAGACCAACCACAGAUCAACCACAGACCAACCACAGAUCAACCACAGACCAACCACAGACCAACCACAGAUCAACCACAGACCAACCACAGACCAACCACAGACCAACCACAGAUCAACCACAGACCAACCACAGAUCAACCACAGAUCAACCACACAUCAACCACAGACCAACCACAGAUCAACCACAAAUCAACUACAGAUCAACCAUAGAUCAACCACAGACCAACCACAGAUCAACCACAUAUCAAUAGCUGGGUCAACAGUAACACACUAUGGAUAUCAUACAUCACCACAUAGCACAAUAAAAUGAUAGAUUAAUCUGCUUGGCAUCAUGUCUUAUGUAAACUUGAUCCUGACUUUGUGCUGUUGAGUUUAUAGCAUGGUUGGUUAACCACCAACAACUGAAUGCAGAUGAUACACCCAUUCAUAGAUAACAACUUUAAUAUAAAAGUAUAUAUUAGGGAAAGUUAUUGUUCAGCCAAGGGUUUACCAAAGAUAUAAAAUAUACUGUAUUUAUUGUAAUGUCAUACAGUGUAUUAUGGUGAGAUCUGAUGACUGGUGUAUGAGUAACCAGCAGAGGGCGAUGUUGCUCCAGUUACAGUGACAGCCCUCUAGUACUCCCUCCUAACACCCGGCCUCCAGCCCUCUCCUCCAUCUCUCCUCCCCGGCUGGUGCUGCUUUGCUUUGCCCAACCAAGGAAUGACUGGAGCGGUGCUAGCUUCCUGCUCCUGGUUCCCAGAGUUCCCGGCUGCUCUCUGCGCUGCGUUCCGCUGGCCCGUAGAAUGCUGGGAAUAUCCGGAGAGGAAAAGGGAACUGACAGCAUCGAGUGA